AAGUUGAUAAAGGCUGAAUUUUUAAGUGGAAGGAAAUACAAAGAUGGGGUUUCUCUUAGGGUGUGAAAGUAGAUAUGUUUUUGGAGUAAAAUUGUUGAAGAGUUGUGUUACAGUUUAGGGUUUUCAAUUCUGAGUUUUUGUUUUUAUUAAUAUGGGUGGGUGUUUUCCCUGUUUUGGAUCAUCAAACAAGGAAGGGAACAACAAUGGUGGGAGCACUCUGAAAGAACUCAGCAAGAGUUCAACUAAAGAUGGCUCAGUUGCACAGUCUCAGCAUGUUCACAGAGUUAGCUCAGACAAAUCGAAAUCUCGGACCGGUUCUGAUUCUAAGAAAGAACCUGCAGUGCCUAAAGAUGGACAGACAGCAAAUAUUGCAUCACAAACAUUCACCUUUCGAGAGCUUGCCUCCGCCACAAAGAACUUUAGGCAAGAAUGUCUAUUAGGAGAAGGUGGUUUUGGACGUGUUUACAAGGGUCGGUUGGAGAGUACAGGACAGGUUGUUGCCGUCAAACAGCUUGAUAGAAACGGGAUUCAGGGAAAUAGAGAAUUUCUGGUUGAAGUUCUCAUGCUUAGCCUCUUACACCACCCGAACCUUGUCAACUUGAUCGGCUAUUGUGCCGAUGGAGACCAACGCCUCCUCGUCUAUGAGUUUAUGCCUUUGGGUUCAUUGGAGGAUCACUUACACGAUCUUCCGCCGGACAAGGAACCUCUGGACUGGAAUAUCCGAAUGAAGAUUGCAGCUGGUGCAGCCAAGGGAUUGGAAUACUUGCAUGAUAAAGCUAAUCCUCCUGUUAUAUAUAGGGACCUGAAAUCAUCCAACAUCCUUCUACAUGAAGGCUAUCAUCCUAAAUUAUCGGAUUUUGGGCUUGCAAAAUUGGGUCCUGUUGGCGAUAAAACCCAUGUCUCCACACGAGUGAUGGGCACUUAUGGUUAUUGUGCACCGGAAUAUGCAAUGACUGGCCAGCUCACCCUAAAGUCUGAUGUCUAUAGUUUUGGAGUGGUCUUUCUCGAGCUAAUCACGGGACGCAAAGCCAUUGAUAAUACACGUGAUCCUGGAGAGCAUAAUCUUGUUGCAUGGGCACGGCCGCUUUUUAAAGAUCGUAGGAAGUUCCCAAAAAUGGCUGAUCCACUGCUGCAAGGUCACUAUCCGGUGCGAGGCUUAUACCAAGCUCUUGCAGUUGCUGCUAUGUGUUUGCAGGAACAAGCUGCAACGAGGCCUCUAAUGGGUGAUGUUGUGACAGCCCUAACAUACUUAGCCUCACAAACCUAUGACCCAAAUGCGCCUAGCAAUCAAAGUAACAGAGUUGGUCCAUCAACUUCGAGACUCGAGGAUGAUCAAAGGAGUAUGGAAGAUGGGUUGGACAGCCCAAAUGAGCGUGUACAGCACAGUUCCCCUUCGACCCACAGGAAUUCACCCGAUUACAGGAAGAGAAAUCAUGCUAGGGAAAUGAGCACCAGUGCACAUUUGGGUAGGAACGAAACCGGUGGGGGCUCAGUGAGGGAAUGGGGUUUGGAUGAUUCAGAACAUGAAUCUCACAGUAACUGCCCUCUGAGUGCUCUGAGAGCGAGGGAAACUCCACGUAAUCAUGAUCUCGACAGAGAACGUGCUGUUGCAGAGGCUAAAGUAUGGGGUGAGAAUUGGAGGGAGAGAAAACGGGCAAAUGCAAUGUGCAGCUUUGAUGGUACAAAUGACUGACGUUGCUGAAUCCAUUCCAUUUUGCUCUUUCAAGCAUAUACAUGUUGCAUCGUUUUAAGGGUCGUCAAAGGGAAAAGAAGAAAUGUCAAAUCCUUACCCGUCUCCACUUCUACCUCCAAGAAAUUAGAGCUUAUCCCUCCUAUAAUCAUUCUUCUUG